CCCCCUCCCCCGCCCUCGAAGAAGGGACAAGUGGUGACGACGUGAAAAGAUGGAGAUCGCCGGCGGAGGGCGUGGCUAGAAAACGGCCGCGCGCAGGGGGUGGGUGGGAAAUCCGGGCGUCGGGAGCGCGCACAGUGGCAACUCGGCGGGGGAGACGCGCGACAGGUCCCAGAAGAGAUCCGGGUGGGGGGCCGCGCGUGGAGAGAGAGAGGGGGUGACAGGGUGCACCGCUUUUUUCUUCCCCCAGGAAACCGGAGCCGGAAGGCUGAAAUUCACCAAGCAAGACAAUCAAUCUGAAAUUCAGAAGGCUUUUCAUCAAUGACAUGAAACCUUAAAAACUGAAGACUGGGUUAAUGAGAAGAUGGGAGCAGCAAGCAGCAGCAUUCAUGACCUCCCGGAAAAUGAAUAUUUAAAGAAACUGUCAGGACGAGAAGCCAUCUCUGAGAAUGACCCGUUUUGGAAUCAGUUGCUUUCUUUUAGCUUUACUAUCCCAACAAACAGCGCCGAGUUAAAACUUUUGGACGAAGCUUCUGCGUCCGUCUGCAAGUCUUUAGUGGAGAAUAAUCCUCGGACAGGAAACCUUGCCUCACUGAUUAAAGUCUUCCUUUCCAGAACCAAAGAAUUAAAAAUUUCAGCAGAAUGUCAGAACCACCUCUUCAUCUGGCAGGCUCAGAACGCCCUGUUCAUCAUCUGCUGCCUGCUGAAAGUGUUGAUCUGCCAGAUGUCAGAAGAGGAACUGCAGCUUCAUUUCACCUAUGAGGAAAAAACCCCAGGCUCUUACGAAUCUGAAUAUGAAGAUCUUAUGGAAGAAUUAUUCUGCUGCCUCAUUCAACUGAUUGUGGAGGUUCCUCUUUUAGACAUUACAUACAGCAUUUCCCUGGAAGCUGUGACAACACUGGUCGUUUUUCUCUCCUGUCAGCUUUUCCACAAGGAAAUUCUGCGGAAGAGCAUCAUUCAUAAGUAUCUUAUGCAUGGCCGAUGUCUCCCAUACACCAGCCGACUAGUGAAAACUUUGUUAUAUAACUUCAUCCGUCAAGAGCGAAGCCCUCCUCCAAGUUCCCAUGUCUUCCAGCCUGAAUCCGAAGGAGGUGGACUGCUAUACGGAAUUGCAUCAGGAGUGGCAACUGGCCUCUGGACAGUCUUUACCCUAGGAGGUGUGGGAAGCAAGCGGGCUUCUCAACAGGAAGAGUCUUCACCUCUUGCUAAUCAAAGUCUGUUGUUGCUGCUCGUCUUAGUAAAUCUGACUGAUGCUGCAGAUACACCCAACCCUUAUAAGCAAUCCAUUGUGUCCUUCAAGAACACACAAGAUAGCACAGCGUUGUCUUCACCAACCCCUCAUGCUUUCCAGAUCAAUUUUAAUAGUUUGUACACCACGUUGUGUGAGCAACAGAAUUCUGACCAUGCUACCCUCCUCUUGUAUACUCUCUUGCACCAGAACAGCAAUGUUCGGACAUACAUGUUGUCCCGGACAGAUAUGGAAAACCUGGUUUUGCCGAUUCUUGAGAUUCUUUAUCACGUUGAAGAAAGGAAUUCCCAUCACGUUUAUAUGGCACUGAUAAUUUUGUUAAUCCUUACUGAAGAUGAUGGCUUCAAUCAAUCCAUUCAUGAAAUUAUAUUGAAAAAUAUUACUUGGUACUCAGAACGGGUGCUAACAGAAAUUUCACUGGGGAGUCUUCUGAUUCUUGUCGUGAUAAGGACCGUUCAGUACAAUAUGACAAGGACGAGGGACAAAUACCUUCAUACAAAUUGCUUGGCAGCUCUGGCUAACAUGUCCGCGCAGUUCCGCUCCCUUCAUCAGUAUGCCGCGCAGAGAAUCAUCAGUUACACCUGCCGCCACUUGCGGAGAUAUGUCUAUGUCUUGGACAAAUUGUAUUUCCCCCGCCAAUCCCACUGCUCUACGCUGGAGCAUUGCUUCUCGAGCCUCAGUGACAAUGGAGAGGAACUCUUGUCUUUAACUUGCUCUCACAUUCUCAGAUCCUAUACUUCCAGCUUGUUUGCGUUGUUGUCCAAAAAGCACAACAAAGUUUUGGAACAAGCCACCCAGUCUUUGAGAGGUUCCCGGUCUGCUCCGGAUUCUCCACUUCCAGAUUAUGCCCAGGAUUUGAACGUGAUUGAAGAAGUCAUUCGAAUGAUGUUAGAAAUAAUCAACUCCUGCUUAACAAAUUCCCUCCAUCAUAAUUCCAAUUUAGUGUAUGCCCUGCUAUAUAAGCGGGAUCUCUUUGAGCAAUUUCGAACUCACCCCUCUUUCCAGGAUAUCAUGCAGAACAUAGAUAUGGUAAUCAGCUUCUUCAGCUCACGGAUCGAGCAUCCUGGAGCUGCGCUGUCAGUGGAACGGGUACUUGAGAUUAUCAAACAAGGAGCUGUUGCCCUACCCAAAGACAGGCUCCGGAAAUUCCCAGAGCUGAAGUUCAAGUACGUGGAAGAAGAACAGCCCGAAGAGUUCUUCAUCCCAUACGUUUGGUCUCUCGUCUAUAACUCUGCCGUGGCUCUUUACUGGAACCCGCAAGAUAUCCAGCUGUUUACGAGGGAUUCGGGUUGAAAGCCAAAAGGAAACGCAAACCUACCUUGCCAGCCCCCUGCCCUGAAACAAGUCCUCUUCCAGCUGAGAUUUCCUAAGAAGGAUGCUUGUUACUAUUGUAUAGCCCCACUUAUUAUUUUCCUGGGAGCCUGUUAGAAGGCGGAAUACCACAUGGACUCCAUUAAGACUGUAUGCUAAUUUUUAAUCUCUCUGUUUGUAAAGCCAAGAGAUGGGGUGGUUCUCAUUGUUUUUCCACCAACACUGGUCAUUGGGUUGGAAGAACUCGACGGUGAGGUGAGAUCUUAACAGCAAUCAGCUUUUGAAAACAAAACAAAAUAAUGUAAACGAAAUAUAUAUUGUUUUUGGGAAGUUCAGCGUUUGCGAGCUGAUUUUCUUCCUGUCUGCUCUUAAGCGUAUCUGCAAAAACCCUUUUGAGGUUUUGCUGUGGGCUUCCAACUUGAUCUUUGCAGCCUUGGUACCUUUUCACACUGGGUGUAACCGAAAUGUCUACGUUAAUCUUGUGGCAUUGAUAUUACUUCUUUUUUUAAAAAAAAAAUGCUUCAUUUUGGAAGGCACUAAAACUACCAACUCUCGCUCUGCAAAUCUAGAAAAGUCUGAACAGAUUAAGAGCAGCUCACGAUUCACGGUUUCCAAAGUGCUAUUACACAAGUGUAGAUUUCUCCAAAGUUUCACUGUUGCUUCUCAACCUCCCCCGAAACGCACACAGAAACACACACACCUCUUAGACUUCUUUCAGAUAAAUUGUUUUUGAUAGGAAUUUGCAGGUAUGCACAUUUCAAAACAAAUGGCCCAUGUUGUGUACCUUAAAGAGAAUUGACAACAGGAUUGCUACAGGGGAGAAAAGGGAAAAGCGCUUAGCAUCAACACACAAUAUGAGCUUGUGAUUGUUCGUUUCAAAAAAAAAAAAAAACCACAGCCCUAUGCCAGGCUGCCAAGUUAAGGAACAAAAAAGAUCAACAAUUGUGUUGCCCACGAUAAUCUUUUACAGAACAAAAUAGGACAUACAGAAUAAAAAGGACUUGGGAGACAGGCAAUGUGUGGGAAAGAGGAACCUACCCACCCCCAUUUCAAUAUCUUUUCACAAAUUAUUUUGCUUGGUUUUUAACCUCCUGACCUGCCUUCUCCUUCCCACCUGUCUAUUCUGUAAAAAAAAAAA